GUUAUGUUUUCACAGAUGCAAUUCAAAUUUAACCACUUUGCGUCCACAUCCACUUCUACGUGGAGGUGUGUAUUUAGACAAGGAGGAGAGUGUUUCGGAAACGUUGCUCGCUUUCAAGCAACCAUUUAUUCAUUUGUGAAUGGAAUUUUAAUUGUCAAGAAAACAGAUGUAAUGCAUACGAGGUGGAUAUGUUUCUCGCAUAUAUGAUUCGUGGGUGGGCGUCGUGUGGGUGAAUGUCCCAUAAAUUUUCGCAUAAAAAUUUCUAUAAAGGCCCCACGUUCUGUAAAUGGGUUAAAUUUAUGCAGAGCAAAUAUGAAAAAAUACUAUAAAAUAAAAAUUGUCAAAACUGUCAAAUGAUUAGAAUACUCCCUUACAACUCAACCCAGCUAGAACAUGAAAGCAAAACUCAAUAUAAAAUUUAAUAGUUUUUUGUUGUGUAUCACACCGUUCUGCGUGUAGGUACUAUAGCAAAAAGUACUUGAUUCACACGCCACUUGCGAUUCGUGAUUGCUAACGACAUUACGUGGAUUUUGCGCGCGUUAAAACAAAAAAAAUAACUCAUUAACAACUUCGUCAAUCACUGAAAACGAUUUACAAUUAUCGAACGAACGAAAAGGAAGAAAAAUUUAUACUUUAAGCAACUUGUUCUCGUUUCACAAUUACGGCUUCAAUAAUAUCAAAUAAUAAUUUUGAUUGAGCUUUUUGAAGUUACUGGAAAUAUUAUAUUUAAUAAACAAAAACAGACAAGAUGUGCGGCGCCUUGUGGGAGUGUAUAAAAUGUCCAGGAAAGGUUGUGUGUUGUUGCUGCCAAUGCGCGCUAAAAAUGGUCCUAGGGAUUUUAUGUUCACUCUUUGGACUAAUUGUCGUUAUCGGACUGAUCGUGUACUUCACAGUAUUUUACCACAAGAAUAGUUCCAGCGACGAUCAACAAAAACUUUUAAGGGAGGCCAUCACUGCUGCGCCGCUAACAUUUAAGGAUUACUUCCAAAAACAAGAUUAAACAGUAUUUAAUUUACUCUAACAUUAAUUAGAGGAAUUUUCUUUAAUUUAGUAAAUCAAUGCUAAAACAUUUGUUUUUUAUCAAAAUUUCUAACUGUUUAGUCAGAAUUUUUUUUUAAUUUGCGUUGAUUUUUGAGUUUUCUUCUUUUUUUUUUUGGUUUUUGUUGACUGUGUUAUGAACUUUCUUUAAAUUUUUUUACAAUAUGUGAAAGAAAAUGUGGAGCAGCGUUAUUAAAAAAAUAAUUAUAAGUAAUCAAUCAACGCGAAUUUUGGCCGUCAGUGUAUGCAGGUUGUUCGUAAUUUUUUGUAUAGAAACCAAUACAAAUGUAAUAUUUUUAUAUGUAUGCAUGCACAUCGGCAACUGUUUGAUAAAAAUAAAUAAUAAUUUUGUAGUGCGUAAAGCCUUUAGUUAAUCUU